GGCGGCGGCCACGGCUCCAGCCACGGCUCCAGCCACGGCUCCAGCCACGGCUCCAGUCACGGCUCCAGUCACGGCGGCGGCCACAGCGCCAGCUUCAGCUCAGGCGGUCACGGCGGCGGCCACGGCUCCGGCGGCAGCUCGUAUGCCUCAAUCGGCGGCAGCGGGUCUGGCCACAGUGGGGGCCACAGCGUGGCCAGCGCCUCGUACAGCGCACCGAGCACCUCGUACGCAGAUCCCUCGUAUGGCGGCUCCUCCGGCAACCUCUACUACUACUACUAUCCGGUGCAGGAGCACAAGUAUCCGGUGUACCACGAGUCGGGCGGCGGCAAGCCCGGCCUGUUCGGCAUCCUCGGCUCCAUCCUGCUGCCGCUGCUCGUGCUCGGGGGCAUCCUCCUGCUCUUCGGCGCCAUCGCCGCCAUGUUCUUCACCAACACCAACGGCACCGGCCGCACCGGCGACAACGCCCGCCUCGACAAGCUUAACGAGUGGAAGAGCGAGGUGGAGCGCGUGUUCUACACCUACGUGGACGUUCUGGAGUCGGAGGACUGCGUGCCGCGCACCAUGUGUGAGCUGGGCCUGUACGCCCGCUCCUACAACUUCGCCGGCAAGGACAUGCUCUUGAGUCUGGCGGAGCACUACCUGCCCGAGAUGAUGCAGAACAACGCCCGCGUGCUGAAGAAGGCUGCCACUGGCGGUUACGACAAGAACCAGUGCAGGAAGAUGUUCAAGUGCGAGCCGCCCACGUCGGCGUCGUAGGCUUACCUGUCGGCGGUGUCGGCCCGAAGGGACUCCUCCCUCUGUCUGAGGGGACCUUGCUUGGGCCGGAAUGGCCUCUGUUGGCCUCAGGCGGCCUCUCACAAUCUGAGAGGCCUCGCUUGAUCUGGGGGGACUCACUCGAUCUGGAUGGCCCUAGGGAACUGCGUGGAGACUGGCAGCACGCGAAGGCAGGUUCCAAGAGGGACACCGAUCCAUCGCAUUCGGCGAGGGCUCAUCAUGCUCAUCUGAAUCACCGUCAUGUGGUCUGCACUCUUGAGUGGCGUGGGGUGAGAACUGAGGGUGCUGCAGAGCUCAAUUCCAGGGCUGGCCGAUUGGGAGCACGUCGUCGGACGGGCUUCUUCCUUUUCAGAGGGCUUUGUUACUUGUUGAUGCCCCUCUUGCCUCUGCAACUCGUCGGUUUCUCUCCGCACUGGCUGGUGAGGAAAUCUUCUUCGUCCGCAGUGCACACUCAUGAAGGCGCAGGCUGUUGUUAUAACUUUUAUGUACCCCGAUCGUUCGUUUCCAGUCGCCGUUAAAAUGUCUGCUGAUUAUGCGUGGUGCUGAUGUUGACAUCCUACACUGCCGAGGCUAACUAACGGCUUUAUACCUAUCACUGCUGUCAGUGAUUCCGCAAAUACAAAACACAUCUCCAGAUACCGAACUACACCGCAGCUGUAGCACCAAAUAUGCCUCGUUGAUAUCAAACUUUGUCUGUCUUGUCUUAG